AUCCGGAGGGAAGCUGUGCCUUUAAUUUGCCAACUGAACGCUGCUGAGCGCUUUGCCCGCAGGCAUCCUAUUACAGGAGACUGAGCUCUGGAGCCAAGCGCAACUAUAUAAACCAAGAGAAACAGCCUACUCUGACCGCCCUUUGCCUUACCGGCCAGCAUCUCUCAUUCUUUCCCCCUGAAGCCCACCUAUACCCUAGCAGAGGGAACUUUUCCAAGUUUCUUGCAGGGCAGAGAGGCGCGCGGGCUUUGGAGCAUCCCAUUUAUCUUAUGGAAACCUGGCAAAGCAGGACCUAAUUCAUAUCAAAGGUGAGCAGGGGCAGCAAAACCAAGCAGCACCAUUUUCAUCCAAGCUGGCUCGUCUCAUUUGUCCUUGAAGGCACCCCGUUGAAUCCGCAAGAACAUCCUAAAAGAACUGAACCUCAGCAUGGGUCUUACCACGUGGGUUGUGACGUUGGCCGUCCUCUCUUUGUCCCAUCAACAAGUCAGCGGUGGACUCAUCAAGCGAAUUAUUCGACAGAAGAGAGAGGCAGGGAUCAAUGUCACUUUGCCGGAGGACAGCCAGCCCGUUGUCUUUAACCACGUCUACAACAUUAAAGUCCCAGUUGGGUCCCUUUGUGCUGUGGACUUGGAGUCGGCAAGCGGGGACUCGGACCUCAAACCUCACGCCGAGCUCAGCAAAAAUUAUCAGGAGCACACACUGAACGAAGAAAACCAGAUUGUCUUCACGCACAAGAUCAACAUCCCGCGGCGUGCCUGUGGUUGUGCAGCAGCCCCCGAUAUCAAGGACCUCUUAAGCAGACUCGAGGAACUGGAGGGGCUGGUCUCCUCUCUGCAAGACCAAUGUGCCAGUGGUGUCGGCUGCUGCUCCAGCGGGCAAACUGUCAAAGGUCGCAUCGAUGCCACGCCCUACUGCAGUGGCCGGGGGAACUACAGCAAUGACAUCUGUGGCUGCAUUUGUGAGCCUGGCUGGAAAGGCCCCAACUGCUCUGAACCAGAAUGCCCCCAGAACUGCAACAACAGGGGGCGCUGUGUUAACGGCAAGUGUAUCUGCGACGAAGGCUUUGCAGGGGAAGACUGUGGGCAACUGACAUGUCCCGGGGACUGUAACGACCAAGGCAAAUGUGUGGAUGGCCAAUGCGUAUGCUUCGAGGGUUUUGCCGGAGAGGACUGUAGCCUCGAAGUGUGCUUGGUGCCAUGCAGUGAACAUGGGAAGUGUCUGAAUGGGCAGUGCAUUUGCAAGGAAGGCUUCACUGGGGCAGACUGCAGUGAGCCAUUGUGCCUGAACAAUUGCAAUAACCGGGGUCGUUGUGUUGAAGAGGAGUGUGUGUGUGAUGAAGGCUAUACUGGGGAGGACUGCAGUGAGCUCAUCUGCCCGAAUGACUGUUAUGACCGUGGCCGUUGUAUCAACGGCACUUGCUACUGCGAUGUAGGCUUCACCGGCGAAGAUUGUGGAGACCUGGCUUGUCCCAACAAUUGCCACAAUCAGGGCCGCUGUGACAAUGGUGUGUGUGUCUGCUACGAAGGGUUCGCAGGGGAUGACUGUGGUGAGCGGAGGUGUCCCAAAGACUGCAACCACCGGGGCCGUUGUAUUAACGGGCAGUGUGUCUGCAGCGAGGGUUUCUUGGGCUUUGACUGUGGGGAAGUGCGGUGCCCCAAUGACUGCAACAACCAGGGGCGCUGUGUUGAUGGACAGUGUGUGUGUGAGGAAAGGUUCAUGGGAGAGGACUGCAGUGAGCUGCGGUGUCCCGGCGAUUGUAGCAACAGGGGGCGUUGUGUCAACGGGCAGUGCGAGUGUGACGAAGGGUUCAUGGGUGAAGACUGUCGGGAGCUGAAGUGCCCCAAUGACUGUCACCAUCGUGGGCGAUGUCUCAAUGGCCUGUGCCUCUGUGAUGAGGGGUACACCGGGGAGGACUGUGCUGAACGGAGGUGCCCCAAUGACUGCAACCAUCGGGGACGGUGUAUUAAUGGCCUGUGUGUGUGUGAUGAGGCCUUCAUGGGCGUUGACUGUGGGGAACUGAGGUGCCCCAAUGACUGCAACAAUCAUGGCCGCUGCUUCAACGGGCAGUGUGUGUGUGAUGAGGGGUACACGGGCGAGGACUGCGCAGAACGUAGGUGCCCAAAUGACUGCAAUAACCGCGGGCGUUGCAUCAACGGGGUAUGCACAUGCAACAAAGGCUUUGUCGGGGACGACUGCGGAGAAUUGGCCUGCGCGAACAACUGCCAUGGCCGAGGCCGCUGUGUCAAUGGGCAGUGUGUGUGUGAUGAGGGCUUCACCGGGGUGGACUGUGGCCAACGGCGGUGCCCCAAGGACUGCAACAACCGGGGGCGAUGCAUCAAUGGAAAGUGCGUGUGCGAUGAGGGAUAUCAUGGGAGAGAUUGCGGUGAACGAUCUUGCCCGAACAACUGCAACGAUCUCGGACGCUGUGUGGAUGGACAGUGCAUCUGUGAUGAAGGCUAUGUAGGUGACGACUGUUCUGAUGUGUCUCCUCCAAGAGAACUGACCGUGACAGAUGUGACAGACAAAACUGUCAACCUGGAAUGGAAGAAUGAAAAUAUAGUAUCCGAAUACCUCAUCACCUACAUUCCCACUGGCCCUGGUGGUUUAGAGAUGCAGUUUCGAGUCCCUGGAAACCACACGGCUGCUACCAUUCGGGAACUGGAACCUGGCGUAGAAUAUUUUAUCCGUGUUUUUGCCAUCCUAAAGAACAAGAAAAGCAUCCCAGUUAGUGCCCGUGUGGCCACAUAUUUGCCUGCCCCAGAUGGCUUGAAGUUUAAGUCAGUUAAAGACACUUCCGUGGAGGUGGAGUGGGACCCCCUGGACAUUCCAUUCAGUGGGUGGGAAAUAGUCUUUGAAAGUCCGAAAAAGGAAGACAACGGAGGAAUCAGAAGCAGCUUGGAGAGGCCACAAACAUCAUAUGUGCAACGAGGCCUGGCCCCAGGACACCAAUAUAAUGUGUCCCUUUACGUGGUGAAGAAUCAAACCAGAGGACCUGGUCUCUCUAGGGUGAUUACUACAAAACUUGAUGCCCCAAGCCAAAUCGAGGUGAAGGAUGUUACCGACACCACAGCGCUGAUCACCUGGUUUAAACCCUUUGCUGAAAUUGAUGGUGUUGAGCUCACUUUUGGGCCCACGGAGGUCCCUGGGGACCGCACAUCCGUCGACCUCUCUGAGGAUGAAAGCCAAUACUCCAUUGGCAAUCUGAAACCGUACACUGAGUAUGAGGUCACACUUGUGUCCCAGCGUGGGGAUAUGAAGAGCGACCCCGUGACAGAGAUCUUCACCACAGAUCUGGAUGCUCCCAGAAAUCUGAAACGCCUCUCUCAGACCGACAGUACCAUCGUCCUGGAGUGGAAAAACAGCCAAGCCACCCCUGAAGCUUACAGGAUCAAGUAUGCACCCAUUUCUGGUGGAGAUCACACUGAAGUCACCGUGCCCAGAAGCAACCAAGGCACAACUAAAGCUACUCUCACUGGAUUGCGGCCAGGAACAGAAUAUGGCAUUGGCGUGACAGCACUGAAGCAGGAUCGAGAGAGUGCACCUGCCACAAUUAAUGCCGCAACUGAUUUGGAUAGUCCCAAAGACUUGGAGGUCAGCAAUCCUACUGAAACCACUCUCCUUGUGCGAUGGAAAAGACCCUUGGCCAAAUUUGAUCGCUAUCGGCUUACUUACAUGACCCCCAUGGGGAGGAAGAAUGAAAUAGAGAUUCCAGCAGAUAGCACAUCUCACCUCAUAAGGUCGCUAGAUGCUGGUGUAGAGUAUACCAUCAGCCUUGUGGCAGAGAAAGGAAGACACAAGAGCAAGCCUUCCACUGUGACAGGUUCCACUGAGGAGGAACCUGAGCUGGGGAAUUUGUCAGUCUCAGACGUUCACUGGGAUGGAUUCCAGGUCAGCUGGACAACAGCAGAAGGGGCCUAUGAGAACUUUAUCAUACAGGUGCAUGAAUCAAACCACUCCAAAGCCAUGCAGAAUCUCACAGUUCCGGGCAGUUUACGGUCUGUGGACAUCGCUGGCCUCCAGCCAAAUGUUUUGUACAUUAUCACCCUCUAUGGUGUAACUCAGGGCUACAGGACAAAACCCAUCAGGGUUCAAUCCCUCACAGCAACACAACCGGAAGUCAGCAAUCUAACUGUUUCCGGCCUUACCCCCAAGAGCUUCAACCUUUCCUGGACAGCCACUGAAGGAGCCUUCGAGGAGUUUACCAUUGAACUGAUUGAUUCCAACAGGUUGCUGGAACCCAUGGAAUACAAUAUCUCAGGUCGUUUAAGGACAACUCACAUCUCAGGGCUAUCCCCCAACACUGAUUUUAUUGUCUACCUCUAUGGUGUCACACGGGGCUUCCGUACUCAGGCAAUAAGCAUUUCAGCGACUACAGUAGCUGCACCUCUCCUUAGCAAACUCACAGUGUCAAAUACUACAUCUGACAGCGUGUCUCUCACAUGGGAAGCACAGGAUAUGGCCUUUGACCAUUUUCUCUUAGAUGUUAGCAACACCAAACACCAGCCUCUGGACUCCCAGCGGCACACAAUACCGGGCAGCCAACGAAGCUUUGUUCUCACCAAUCUAAGGUCGAAUUCUAGUUAUACCCUCUGUCUUCACGGCCUAGUUGAUGGGCAAAGUAGCCAGGCCUUGACAACUCUGGCUACCACAGAGGCCGAGUCACAGCUGCGCAUGCUCACACUCACAAAUGCUAACUCCAACAGCUUCAACCUCUCCUGGACCACGAGAGAUGAACCUUUUGUCAGGUUGGCGGUAAAUGAUAGAGAUUCCGAUUCAGACCGCAAACCGCAGAAGCUCACAGUAUCAGAGGAGGCUGGCGACACUGGUGUUUCAGGCUUGCUAGAUUAUCCUGGCUAUGACAUUAACAUUCAGGGCACAACCAUGGGAGAGGGCCCGUCUGAGCCCCUCAUCUCUUUGGUGAUCGCAGAGGCCCUUCCGCCACUGGAAAACCUCACUGUCUCAGGAAUUAAUCCAUAUGGGUUUACAGUGUCCUGGACGGCCUCAGAGAAUGCCUUUGACAGCUUUCUAGUAAUCGUGGUGGAUUCUGGCAAACUGCUGGACCCCCAGGAAUUCCUCCUUUCAGGAACUCAGCACCAACUGACCCUUAGAGGCCUUAUUACCGGCAUUGGCUAUGAGGUUGUCCUUUAUGGCUUUGCCUUUGGUCGCCAAACUCAGCCGUUGAGUGUUGUUGUUCUAACAGAAGCAGAACCCGAAGUUGACAACCUUCUGGUUUCGGAUGCGACCCCAGAUGGUUUCCGUCUGUCUUGGACAGCUGAUGAAGGCGCAUUUGACAGUUUUGUUCUUAAAAUCAGGGAUGCCAAUAGGCGUGUAAACCCUCUGGAACUAAUUAUCCCAGGUCAUGAACGCACCCAAGAUAUAACAGGGCUGAAGGAAGGCACCGAAUAUGACAUAGAACUCUAUGGAGUUACCAGUGGACAGCGUUCCCAGCCCAUAAAUGCAAUGGCUACAACAGCGAUGGGAGCUCCCAGAGACAUCACUUUCUCAGAUAUCACUGAAAACUCCACUGUCGUCAGCUGGACUGCCCCAAGAACACGUGUGGAUAGCUUCCGGAUUUCCUACGUCCCAAUUACAGGAGGAACCCCCAGUGUUGUAACUGUCGAUGGAAGCAAGAGUAGAACCAAGCUGGUGAAACUGACUCCGGGCGUCGAGUACACGGUCAGCAUCAUCUCUGUCAAAGGAUUUGAAGAAAGCGAACCUGCUUCUGGAUCUCUGACCACAGUGUUGGACGCUCCAUCAGGACUGGUGGCUGUGAACAUCACAGACUCCGAGGCACUGGCUGUCUGGCAGCCAGCAAUAGCUGCAGUGGAUAACUACGUAAUUUCUUAUGCUGCUGAAGGUGAGCCAGAAGUGACUCAGAGGGUCUCGGGGAACACUGUGGAAUACGAUCUUACUAGCCUUCGUCCUGCUGCUGAAUAUACACUCAGGAUCUAUGCUGUUAAAGGGCCUCAGAGAAGCACUACUGUCUUCACCAGAUUUACUACAGGCCUUGAUGCUCCAAGGGAUCUGACAGCUACUGAGGUUCAGUUUGAAACAGCUUUACUGACCUGGAGGCCUCCCCGUGCUUCUGUUACUGGUUAUCUCCUCAUUUAUGAGUCCAUUGAUGGCAAAGUGAAGGAAGUCAUACUGGGACCCGAAUCGACUUCCUACAGCUUGUCGGAUCUCAGUCCAUCCACCCAAUACACGGCAAAAUUGCAAGCGCUCAACCGAAACCUGAAGAGCAAGAUAAUCCAGGCCAUUUUCACUACAACUGGCCUUCUUUACCCUCACCCCCGAGACUGCUCCCAAGCUCUUCUGAAUGGAGAAGCAACAUCUGGCCUCUAUACCAUAUAUGUGAAUGGGAACAAGUCCCAGCCUCUAGAGGUUUACUGUGACAUGACGUCUGAUGGAGGUGGAUGGAUUGUCUUUUUAAGAAGGCUGAAUGGAGAACAGGAUUUCUACCAGAACUGGAGAACUUAUGAAUCUGGCUUUGGAGAUCCCAGGAAGGAAUUCUGGAUAGGUCUAGACAAGCUUCACAAGAUCACUUCCGGCGGCCAGUACGAGUUGCGGGUGGAUUUGCGUGACCACAACGAGACUGCUUAUGCCCUUUACAAUAAGUUUACGGUGGGAGAAGCCAGAACUCGCUACCGGCUGGCAGUGAAUGGAUACAGUGGCACGGCAGGUGAUUCCAUGACCUACCACAACGGACGGGCCUUUUCCACCUUUGAUAAAGACCACGACUCAGCCAUCACUAACUGCGCUCUGUCAUACAAAGGAGCCUUCUGGUACAAGAACUGCCACCGAGUCAACCUGAUGGGCAGAUACGGGGACAACAACCACAGCCAGGGUGUCAAUUGGUUCCAUUGGAAGGGCCACGAAUACUCCAUCCAAUUUGCAGAGAUGAAAAUAAGACCCUACAGUUUCCGGAAUCUAGAAGGGAGGCGGAAGAGAGCCUGAAUGUCCAUGGCGGGUGGCAAGAAAGAGAGAGGAGGUUCAAGAGGAGGGGGUGUUUUUUUCCAGAAAAUUGGGGAAGGGAAAUCAGCAACCAAGGUGGAAACCUUACCAAAGUGUCAGCGUUGCUUGACCUGACAUUGGCUCCUUCAACAAUAUCAGGGGGUGGGCCAGGGUAGGAAAGCCAUAUUCAAACAUAGCACACUCGUCCAUAGCUGGCUUUCUUUGCACCAAAGACAACAAUUUCCAGGGGUGUUGGGGAGGGGGGGGGGAGGGUUCCUACACAGUCCUGUUUCUCAGCGGGUUCUCGUUGACUUUGAGGAUGUCUCUGGAGGGCAGCGAGGGAACAACUUGGUAGUCUGCAAACCAGCCUUUCCCUGCAGCAAUCUGCAAGUCAUUUUCAUGACUGUUACGAGUCACCGCAGAGGUUUCGCAGGUCACCGAGAAGCUUUCUUUAUAUAUGUGUGUGUAUGUGAGUGUGUGUAUAUAUAUGUGUGUGUGUAUAUAUAUAUAUAUAUGGCACCACAGAGGAAAGAGAAUGGAAACGAGCUGUCCAGUUUGAAAUUUUCAGCCUAAAAUUAAUAUUAUUAAUAUAAUGGGGGAUAAAAGGUAAAAUAAUAAUGAUGAUAAUAAUAAGUUUUUGUUGUCUUUUUUAUUUUAAAAGAUAUCCAUGCUUUCCAAAACACAGCAGGACAGUGUCUGAUUGUACAUUUCCUUUUUUUAAUAAAUAAAAGCACAAUUUUACUUUUA